AUGCUCCUCCAUGAAGUGAGUGUUACCAGUCCCCCCAUUCAAGGUAGACCCAAUGAGGGAUCUACCACACCUAUUGUGAACAUCGACCCUGCUCCACCAGCAAUAUGUUCUGAGAUCGGGCAUAAGCCUGACUCUAUCGAGGCCGAGCAUCUCAUGACUUCGCCAUUAAGACCGAUCCGAGCCCCUACGGAUGGCCCCACAGAGGGGAGCCCGAGGAAGGCAGAAAGAUUGAUGAGUGACGAAUCUAUACCAUGUUCUGUGCCUACUAUUGCGUGUUCUAACCAGUUUCAACCGUGUCAGUACGGGUAUUCAAUUAGUCACAUCUACCACGAGACCAAAGGUAAGACCGAUGAGCGAAAGCCUAGACAUGAUCUAGGGUUAGUAGCGCCCCUUCAGUGCCCCCGGUCGGCACGGUCUUGUGGCUCUGAACCCUCACACUGCCAAGGCGGUCCUUAUCAGGAUCUACCUUAUAGAUCCAAUCCGGUCCAUGACGUCUACAACGCUGGCGAUCAUACUGAGACUGGUGGUAGUGAUAAUGGUGGUGGCUACUUAACUGGUGGUGGUGAUAAUGGUGGUGUUUAUCUAACUGGUAAUGGUGGUGGUUAUCUAACUGGUAAUGGUGAUGGUGGUGGUUACCUAACCUCUGAGGUUUGUGGCCAUCAAACUGGUGAUGGUACUGGUGGUCAUCAAUAUAAUAAGACCAAUGGGCUUACUCAAGUCACCUUAG